GAGACCAUGGAGAGUCAGCUGGUCGAAGCACGGGGAGGGAGCGUGGAGUGGGCUGGACGUGUGUAUGUUGUCGUGCGCGUGCGCGUGUAUGAGCAAGAGAAAGCGUGAGCUUGUGUAUGUGUGGUUUGAACGUGCGCGAGGACAGCGCUUCGGGGGACAAGGGUGCUUGCUGAGACCAGAGGGUUCCCUGCGAGAGGGAGCACAAGGCAAACAUCAUGGCUUUAGCAGGAUGCCCUGACUACUUUUUACGUCACUCAAACUACCAGGAAAGGAUGGAGCGCACUUCCUCCCGCCGGCCUGAGGAGCUGAUCGUUUCCGGUUUUCAGCGCACAGCCAGUCAAGCUUCGCCACAUCACCAUGAUGACGACGUGGACCUGGAGCAGCUGGUGAAUGACAUGAACUCCUCUGUGGAGAGCGUGCUGUCCACGCAGGCAGAGACGACGCUCCUCCUAAACAACGGUCACAUGCACACGUCUCACCACCAGCAUCACCACCACCACGCUGCCCAUCUGGGACACGGCCAGGUCCACCGCCGCCACACCCCGCCCCUGCGGCCCUCGCCCCCCUCCAGGGAAGGACUGAAGCACUCUCAGCCCAUGCACAUCCAGGCUGUCAGGUGCCUAAAGGAAGAGCAGCACCUGCGUCCCGCCUCCCUGCCCGCCAUCCCCAACCCUUUCCCAGAGCUGUGCAGCCCAGGAGGAUCCCCCAUUCUCAGCCCAAUUCAGACCUCCGACAGCCAUAUCGUGAAGGUUUGGAGCGAGGAUGGCGCCGGCAAAGUGGUGGAGAUUCCAGCCGACAUGACGGCGAGAGACGUGUGUCAGCUGCUGGUCUACAAGAGCCACUGUGUGGACGACAACGCCUGGACGCUGGUAGAGCACCACCCCGUCCUCGGCCUCGAGAGGUGUGUGGAGGACCACGAGCUGGUGGUUCAGGUGCAGGCCUCCAUGAGCAGCGACAGCAAAUUCCUCUUCAGGAAGAACUAUGCCAAAUAUGAAUUCUUCAGGAACCCCCUCCCAUUGUCAGCGUGUUGGUUUGUCUCCUCCUUUCCCAUCCAGAACUUUUUUCCAGAGCAUAUGGUGGCUUUGUGUCAUGAGUCUGACGGUUCGAUCCCUCAGUCACAGCUCUUACAGAAUUUUCUGAACUCCAGCAGCUGUCCUGAGAUCCAGGGCUACCUGUAUGUGAAGGAGCCAGGAAGAAAGUCCUGGAAGAAGCUCUACAUGUUCCUGCGACGCUCAGGCCUUUACUACUCAACUAAAGGAACAUCCAAGGAACCCAGACAUCUGCAGCUGCUCUCAGAUCUGGAGGACAGUAACAUUUACACCAUCAUCACUGGGAGGAAGCUUCACAACGCCCCUGCAGACUUCCAGUUCUGCAUUAAGCCCAAUAAAGCCAGGAGUGACUGUAAGGAGCUCAAGAUGUUGUGCGCCGAGGACGAACAGAGCAGGACGUGCUGGAUGACCGCCUUCCGACUGCUCAAAUACGGGAUUGUCCUGUACCAGAACUACAAUGUGCCCCUGCAGAGGAAGGUUAACAACUCGUCUUUCUCUGGGCCCGUGCGGAGCGUAUCCGAGAACUCGCUGGUUGCCAUGGACUUCUCAGGAAGAACCGGCCGCGUCAUCGACAAUCCCGUCGAGGCCCAGAGCGCCGCCCUGGAGGAGGGACAAACUUGGAGGAAAAGAACCCAUCGUAUGAAUGUCCUGGGCAGCCCCAGCCCCCUGCACCCAUCCUCUAUGAACACAGUCAUCCACAGGACACAGGUGUGGUUCCACGGUCGUAUCAUGAGAGAGGAAGCCCACAAAAUGAUUAUACAACAAGGCCAAGUAGAUGGGUUGUUCCUGCUGCGGGACAGUCAGAGUAAUCCCAAGGCAUUCGUGCUCACCCUGUGCCACCACCAGAAGAUCAAGCACUUCCAGAUCCUACCGGUGGAAGAGGACGGCCAGGUUUUUUUCAGCCUUGACGACGGCGCCACCAAGUUCACGGACCUGAUCCACCUGGUGGAGUUCUACCAGCUCAACAGAGGAGUGCUGCCCUGCAAGCUCAAACACCCCUGCACCGCUGUAGCCUUGUGACACUUCACCCACCUGACACAGCUCUCCCCCCACUUUUUUUGCACAUCAGAAGAUUUCCCCCCAUUGCCUGCUCCCUCACCGACUAGGCGGGGUUGAGGAGAAAGAGAGAGAGAGAGAGAGAGAGAGAAAGCAGAAGGCCAUGGGGUUUUUGGGAGCGGUCUCAGCUCCUUCUCCUGGGUUGUGGUGUUUUUCUCCGCUUUACCGCCGUUUGGACUGUGGCGUCGCAACGAUAGAUAGAUAGCUUUGUUCGGCUCCAGCGACGUUCCUUCUUUUGUUUUGUUUUCCCUGGAGGGUCCGGUAGGUUCGUCAAACACCAUAAAAAGUUGUGAAAACGCAAGACCACUAAAGCGACAUGUUUUACAGCAGGAGUGUUUGAGGGUCUUUCGAAUGGAUCUCCCUCCCAAACCCCCUUCUCCUCCCCUCUAGGCCGGAUAAGCUGUGUCGCCCGCAGGGAGCGCCACCCUCCGACUUCCUCACUGAUUAUCAGGGAUGGACGGGAACCUCGCUGGCUCUGACUGAAACCGGAUCCAGGAGUUUCUCAACCUGUGCAGUCCAGUCUGGAUAAGCUGACACCCCCAUCCCUCUCUCCUCAUCACAUUAGCGGGUUGAAAGUGACGUAUCCACAAACCCCCCUCCAACUCCACACACUUUGGUGCAACCCCCAAUCCUGUCGUCUCCACAGAAGCUCAAACGGUUGGGACAGACUGAUGGACGGACGGACGGAGGGAAGAAGCGGCUGAAGACGAGCAGAGCAGCAGCGAUGGCGAGGGUUUGCUUAAAAGAAAAAAAAAGGACAGAGGAAUGUUUAAUCAGGAAGGCUGUAACAAGCCUCUCUUGUAGAGUUAAUUACUUGAUGUCAUUUAAUGCUGUUUUUUAUUCAUGUCAAUUCAACGCAGAACUAGUUUUGCACUCCUGGGCGGACAGGCAGCAGCUCUCUGGCUAAAGCGAAGCCGCCUCCUUUUUCUCCUCCGCUCUGUUUCUGCAAAAGGCGCGCGCAUGUGAAUCUCCGCCCGCUCCGAUUGGGUGGCGGCGGCAUGUAAGGCGGAGAUCCAGCUGAUUAUGCAGCUCCCAUCAGAGAGGUUUAGGAGCGUCUUAAAACCUCUGGUGUGGCUAGCAUCGUCAUCAUCAUCAACACCACCGCAAUUUAAUGAAUGUGCUCCUGAACCAGCUGCAGCUCCUCAAGACUUUGAGGAAGAGAAGGAGGAAUACUAAUUUUAUAGACUCCUGAAAAGUGUCCCGCCCCCCAAACUUCUACAGUUUCUUUGUUGUUUUUCUUUUUUUUUUAAUCAAAAGGGUUAUAUUUGUCGGUGAAUCUGUUUCUGAAUGUUUUCCUGAGUCUAAUCCGAGUUCAGUGCUUGCACAUUUUGAAUCAUUCUGAUUGUGGUUGGAGCUGUCCCGUUCGGAUCCUGACCACUGUUCCCUCCUACAAAGCAACAAAAGCACUCUCGUAACUUUUUUUUUUUAACUUUAAAUAUGGAAUUUGAACAAAUGACUUGAAAUGUGAACCCGGUCGUCCGUCGACUGAGCUUCACUUGCCUUAAGUGAAAAUGAUGAGCCAUGCGUAUGAAAUUGAAGAAGCGAUCUUAAAAUGCACAUACAGUGAGACUUUUGCGGUUUGAAGGCGGUGGAAGGACAUCUGGAGUGACUAUGUGAACCAGUAUGUUGAGGGAUAGCGUUAGAUUUUUGAAAAUUAUCUUUUUUUUUUGUUUGUUUUUUGCCACUUUUAGAGCUGUAUGCUAAAUAUGGAGUCUUUUUUAUUUGCGCUUGUAAAUUUAUUAAAAAUAAUUUGAGAUUUUAGUUGAACAAAAGCUUGAAUUUUAUUCUGACAUUAUAAACUGAUAUUUAAGUUACACGUUAAUGAAAAAGCACAUUUUUUUUAAUAUAUAUAAAUUAGGAGGUUUUUUUUCCAGAGCUACAUUUCUGGGUCCUUGUGCUAUCUUGAUUGUCAAAAUUAUUAUUAUUUUUUUUUUUUUGUCCUGAAUUUUUACCCACAUCCCUCCUGUUUGUUUGUUUUUUUAUUUAGGAAAGAUCACAUUUACCAUACAGGCAACAAUCUUGUCUUAAAUCUUGAACUUUAGUCCACAAAUUUAUAGAUUAGUAGAUUUCAAAAUAAAUUGCGCCAAACUAACAGCAUCCACAUGACAAUGGGGAUGUUUACAUGCACUGCAAUAUUUCUAUUAAACCAGAUUAGAAAUGUUCCUAACUGAAGGCUGACAUGUUGGGUAUUGUUUUCCAAAAUUGCCAAAAAUGUCAUAAAUAAAUAAAUAAUUCAAUAAGUUAUUUUUCCUUAAACCAAAAACAAAAAACUAUAAUGUAACUAAACUCUAUGAAUGUAUCCCAUAGCAUUCAAAUUAUUAAAUAUAUAAGGUAUUUAUGUAAAAUUAGUUAAAAUCCGUUUUAAAAUAGUUAUCUAAGUAUUAAGUUUUCUCAUGGUUUACUUGUUGCGGGACACUUAAAAAAAACAACCUUUAAAUGUUUUUUUAUGAUUGGUUUAUUUGCACAAACUUCAAACCAAUCAUCUUGAGAGCAAUGUUGGCCCUACCCACUUAUUUUGAUGGGUAAGGCUCCCGUUGAAAAUGAAUUAAAAUGAGCUGCUGUCCUUCAAAUGAAUUGAUAAGGGUGAAAAAUAAUGCAAUAAACAUAUUCUAAUUACAGUACAGUUCUGAUGUACUUGUUAAAUUACAGAUUUUAUAAAUUAUUUUUUGUGCUUUUCAUGUAUUAAAGAUAGUAACAUAUUUAAGUAGCCAUCUUAAUGAUUUAUUUUUUAUGAAAUUUGGGCUCUUUUGGACUUCCCUAAUAAACAGCCUUUCCCAUCACCUUACUUCAUACAAGCGAGAAAACGUCUACAAUGAAACCACUUGCCUUUAUUUUUUCAUAUGUACAGUUAGAGUAACAAAAAGUUGAAACAAAUGGGAUCCUGACAGAGGUUAUUAUAUUCUACCAUCUUUAAACGUGAGGACUUUAAAUGGUAACACUGAGGUAACUGAACAAAAACUAAGUAGGAUUGGCAUGAAAAUGUGAAAAAAAGUCUGCCAGCUGUUGGGUAUGAUGGAGGAUCUGUGAUGCUGUGGGCCUGCUCCUUUUCAUCAUCAUCAACCCUGAAUUACCUGAAGCUUUUCAAUAACAAAUGAUUCACCAGAAUUUUAAAAAAACCCUUUUCCUGCAGUUAUCUUAUUCUCAAGACAUACAUGUACUAGAAAACCUAAUGAGCUAAAGGAGGAGGAUCUAGAGCAGCUGUAUGAAAAGAAAUCCAUCUAUCAGUAAAAGGGUUUUAUAAAAUAUUAAUUAUUAGGAUGUGGAGAGAACUGUGUGUGUUACUCAUGAACACUGGAAUUGUCCAUAUUAUAAAGUAAAGAUUUGAAAGAUUGCUGUGCGUGUAAACUUUAACCUUAACAUGUUUAAAAGAAUCCAACUCUUUGUAAACCUUGGUUGCAAAAAUGUCACUUUAUCCAGAUUUAGCAGAGAUCCGAAGAGGAUUUUUUUUUCUCUUCAAAACAUCGUUUCAGGUUAUACAAAUUCAAAGACUAAAGCCUUUUAUGUUGUUGAAAUUGUUCGUACGUUUAUGUUGGAAUUUCUGGAAAAUCACUGUCAAAAAGUUUAAUUUGCCCCUUAUAUAGAAAUACAUAAGUUUUUUUGUUGGUUUAGCAGAAAUGCCGAAUGUGACAGUUUUCAUCAUUUAUUUAUAUGUAAAAAUACGACAAGGGGAGUUUGGAUGAGGUUCUUGCCUGGUUCAGGUUUUCUACAAAACAUUUUCAUUAUUUUCUGAGCAAACCGUCCGCAGGCUGAACGCGUCGGAGGAUCGUACAGCCACACUUCUGUCAAAACAAUAACACUAGCGGUCAUAAUAAAAACAAAAAAACAACCAAACUGAAAUAAAACCGGCGUGAAUUACUCUGAGAAAGACGAGACUAUCAUAAUAAAAUGUAGCAAGCUUCUGUAGUUUCAUAGAAGUUCACUUUAAAUUACUUUUUUUUGCUUUAUACUAUCUACACAAUUUGUGGAAGACACUGAAAAAGACACUAUGGGAAGUUGCUAAGAAAGGGGUGGCUAAGGGCAACACGUGAAGCGAAUCAAUAAACCUUGUGCUGUUUGUGUAAUUCAUCUCAGAUAUCACAGAACAAAAGUUUCCAGUCAGAAUUUAUCAGACAGCUUCCAUAAUUGCGACUUUUUUUUCUUUUCUUUUUUAUUCAAGGAGGUAAAACGCACGUUCCUGCUCCGCCUCCCAAAAGAAAACGAUAGAGGGUGUGUGCGUGUGUUUUUGUGUGUGUGAGAGGACACCUUGCCAAAAAUGAAUAGAUGCUGUGUUUUGUCCACAACCCACCAAUCGGCCGAACUACGGUUGAGUAGCUCUGUGCUCCACUGGUCAGGCCUUCCCACAUCCUUCUCCACCCAUCCAUGUCCAGCCAGUAAGCUAUCAUUUCAUAAACAUGUAGAAAAAUGUUUCUGUUUGGCAUAAUUGAACGUCAAACCAUUUACUUUCCUCUUUUUAUACAUAUGUUGGAGGAGCACUGCUUGUCAGAUGGCUGAGAUCAAGUGGAAGAUAAAGAUUCAGAGCAGACAGGAAUUUAUAUGGAAGCACAGUACUGGCAAAAGUAUUCACACUUUGAAAUGUUCUAUUCCAUGUUUUCUUUUAUUUGGGUACUUUUUGAAACCAAGUGCAUUACAUAUCUGAACUUUAACUGGGACAUUGUAACAUAGGAACUUUAACUGGGACAUUGUAACAUAGGAAUAUCCUUUGAUCUAAACAAAUUUUGGCCCAGGAAACUCUGUUUCCUGGGCCAAAAUUGUGAGCUCAAAAGUAACGAGCCAAAAAAUAUGUAAUUUGCACCAAAAAUGUUUUUUUUUUUUUUUUUUUUUUUUUUUUUACUUUCUCAUCAAUAAACUCAGUAUGAACUAUUUUAACAAAAAAUGUAUUUUUGUUUUUUAGCAAUCCAAAACGGUUUUUGAAUCCGGUUUGCCUAUUAUUUUGGGUUCAUUUGAGAAAAAAAACUCAAAAACUAUUCGUCUGUUCUCGGCAAUAAAAACGGUAUUGAGGUCAGUCUUCAUUUGGAAAAACUUACUGUAUUUAACCAAGUUCUAAUACGGCAAAUAAAAGUAGAUUUGGUGUAUUUUGGAGUAUCAGUUGAUGAAUAAAUGUGGUUUUGGUUACCAAGACGAUAGAAGGAAACCAGGAAACUUGGAAAAUAUUAUCACUUUGUAUCAAAUCAAACAUUUUUCUAAGUAGAUUUGGAUUUAAAAGUCGUAGUUUCAUCCUAAUUUAUUCUGGAAUUGUGGUCCGCAAAUGGCCCUCGGGCCUUACUUUGAGCACCUGUUGAGCCGUUCACCGGCUGAACGUAGACAGCGUUUUUAUCCAGGCCAAAAAUUCUAAUUUUAGUCUCUUCAGACCAAACUGCCUGCUUCCGCUUUUUUCUCGGUGUGCCAUGGCAAAAGAAGUAAAAGUUUAAAGGGGUGUGAAUACUUUUACAAAGCACUGCUUCCCAGCAUUCCUAGCGCUCACCUGUGAAUCUUUAUUGUCCUUCUGAGAGGAGCAACACAAACCCCACGCCGUGCUCUCCUCCUUUGCCGCGCUGCCAUGUAAUCCUUACACAAGUCCAAGUGUUUUAACAUACAAAGUUAAAAGUGUCGGCUGUUUUCUAAAGUAUAUGAAGCUAUGGAGAAGUAGAUCUAACACUGUACCUAGGUCACAGAUCACUAUGUAUGGGGGGAGGGGUGUUAUGCUUUCACUCAUAAUACCGUAAAUUUUAGGCAGAUUUAUUGAUGUAUGUUGUCCUUUUUCUUUGAUUACUUGAUUGUGUGUAUGCUGACAUGUUUGCCAUCUGCACCACAGUAUAUACAGUAUUAAUUUUUUUUUGUGAUCAAACUGGAUUUUAUUUUCUGAACAUUAGUGCAUAUAAGCUGACAGGCUGUUCAGAGUAUCCAACUCUAACGCCACAUCUUGUAAAGUCCCCUUUUUUAAAAUAAGUUUUAUCCCCCCAACUCUAUCUCAUCUCUCAUAAAUGUUUAUGAUGUUCCACUUAUCAGUACGUGGCGGGGUUUCAUCGAGAGCACACACAUUACCAUUUAUUCCAUGGUGAUCUUAGUUGUAGCUUUUGUACACUUUUCACUACAAGUAGUUCAAAGAUGAGCUGUAGCUCGAGAGGAUUUUUUUUAUAUCCGUAUACUCAUAUUUUAAGGUGCGUAACUAACUUCUUAGAUUCUGUUUCUUCUUGACUAAAUUUCUCAGCAGGUGCCUCUUAUUACACAGUAACAGUCCUGUAACCGCCAGCCGUCCAAACGUUGCGUUCACAUACCAUCAGUUAGGUACCGUGAAGUGUACCUUACUGGAGCUAACAGGUCAGCAUCAGCUACACAUCCCCAUUGUGUGACUCAUGCAAAUAAAUGGGAAAAAAAAAGUCAUGAGUUGGCUGUGUGUUAUUGUUGGGUUGAAAUCAACAUAAGCUGAAGUCAAAAGAAAACAUUUCAGGGAAUUAAGGAAAAAAAAAUUUUUUUUUUGUUAUUCUUCAAACCCCUCAUGGCUUUGCUUCAUAUUUAUCUCUGCAACUCCUGGAUCUACAUUGUAUCCUGUUCAGGUAUUUUUGUACAAAUAAGGGACUGAUAUAUUCUCUGUUUAUUGGAAAGUAGAAUAAAAGACAUAAUUGCUAUAAACCAAA